AGACUUAACGUAACGGAUCAAAAGGUAAUUAAAACCAGUGGAUUUUUCACUGCUUAACCAUUUAAAUCGGUUCUAAAAAUAAAACAUGUGUCAAAGACUCGAACAUCGAUUCCAAAACAGUAAACAAACAAAAAAAAUACAAAUAUAAAGAAGAAAAGGCGUAGAAUCGAUUCAAAAUCUGUGAGUUACGAAUCCAUAGAGAGAAAGGUUUUGCAUUUGCAACCUUUCUCAAUUUGGUUCUGUAAAUUUUCUUGAUUUUGGAUCUAGCAAUUAAAUCUCUCUUUCUCUUGUUCAACAAUGGCGGAUCAAACGAAGAAGAGAUACGUUACAAGCGAGGAUUUGAAAAAACACAACAAACCUGGAGAUUUAUGGAUUUCGAUUCAAGGUAAAGUUUGCGACGUUUCCGAUUGGGUUAAAUCUCAUCCCGGAGGCGAAGCAGCGAUUCUCAAUCUCGCCGGCCAAGACGUCACCGACGCGUUCAUCGCUUACCAUCCCGGAACCGCAUGGCACCACCUCGAAAAGCUUCACAAUGGCUAUCACGUGAGAGACUUCCACGUGUCUGACGUGUCACGUGAUUUCCGCCGAUUAGCCGCCGAGUUCUCCAAACGCGGCCUCUUCGACAAAAAAGGUCACGUGACUCUCUACACGCUCACGUGCGUCGGUGUAAUGCUCGCGGCGGUUCUCUACGGCGUUUUGGCGUGUACCAGCGUCUGGGCUCACCUCAUCUCCGCCGUCUUACUCGGUCUCCUCUGGAUCCAGAGCGCUUACGUCGGCCACGAUUCCGGUCACUACACGGUGACAUCAACCAAACCGUGUAAUAAACUAAUCCAGCUUCUCUCCGGUAACUGUCUCACCGGAAUCUCAAUCGCGUGGUGGAAAUGGACGCACAACGCUCACCACAUGGCUUGUAACAGCCUUGAUCACGAUCCAGAUCUACAACACAUCCCGAUCUUCGCCGUCUCAACCAAAUUCUUCAAUUCGAUGACGUCACGUUUCUAUGGCAGGAAAUUAACAUUCGAUCCCCUAGCUCGAUUCUUAAUCAGCUACCAACACUGGACAUUUUACCCAGUAAUGUGCGUCGGAAGAAUCAAUCUCUUCAUCCAAACAUUCCUAUUGCUAUUCUCGAAACGCCACGUCCCAGAUCGAGCCUUAAACAUCGCCGGAAUUUUAGUUUUCUGGACAUGGUUCCCGCUCUUAGUCUCGUUUCUUCCAAAUUGGUCAGAGAGAUUCAUCUUCGUCUUCGUUAGCUUCGCCGUCACUGCGAUUCAACACGUUCAGUUCUGUUUAAACCAUUUCGCAGCAGAUGUUUAUACCGGUCCACCUAACGGAAACGAUUGGUUCGAGAAACAAACCGCCGGUACGCUUGAUAUAUCGUGUAGAUCGUAUAUGGAUUGGUUCUUUGGUGGAUUGCAGUUUCAGUUAGAGCAUCAUUUAUUUCCUCGGCUUCCUCGUUGUCAUCUCCGGACAGUAUCUCCGGUGGUUAAGGAGCUUUGUAAGAAGCAUAAUCUUCCUUAUAGGAGUCUUUCGUGGUGGGAGGCUAAUGUGUGGACGAUAAGGACUUUGAAGAAUGCGGCGAUUCAAGCUAGAGAUGCGACUAAUCCUGUGUUGAAGAACUUGCUUUGGGAAGCUGUAAAUACUCAUGGCUAAAAAAUCUUGAUUUCAACAGAUCGUUUUAAUUUGUUGGUGUUUCGUUUGUGGACUACUUCUUAAUUAGUUUGAAUCUGUUUUAGGUGUAACUCUACCAUGAUCAAAAAUACAUAAUAUAUAUUUUUUUCUGCUGA